AUGGGGACCUUGAUUGAUGGUAUUCAGGAGUGUUGGUUAGGUGCGACAAGACACUCUGUUAUAUACGACACCGAAGAGCAUGAAUUUUCUUCUCGUGAGUUUUGGGCCCACGUGAAAGGCCGGACGAACAUCAUGAUUUUUGUCGAGACAGAGUCUGGAAGUUUGUUCGGGUCAUUCCACUCGAAGGUCCCAUUACAACAAGAGACUUGGGUCGAGGACGACGACUGUCACUUUCUCUUUACGCUAAGAAACCCUUGGCAUACUAAACCAAAGCUAUUCAAACUCAACCCAGAUUGGAAGAAGACUUUAUUCAUCUAUGGAGAUGACCAAUCAACAGACGUUCUUGGAGUAUUUAGUGGGUAUUGGGUAUCAAACAAUCCAUCAAGUUUCGUCAGAACCCUUUUUGUGAAUGGGUACGCACACUCCCCACUCAUCAACAGUAAACUUUUUGUCGGUUCUGAGUGGCCUGAUACGUUUUCGAUUUCACACCUCUUCUGUUUACAAUUUUUUUGA